UAAAAAUACUCUGAACAAAAAAGAUUCUGUUUCCAUUCCAAAAAGAGAGCAACUUUGGCCCCCAGAUAUUUAGUAACUGCACAGCAUAGUUUCACAGUUCAACCCCCAACCAGUUAGAACCACCCGAUACACAGAACAGAAGGAAAAGACUGAGAGUGGGGAAAUGGGGUGGGCCAUUGCACUUCACGGUGGUGCCGGAGAUAUCUCUGUCAAUUUGCCAGCGGAGUUCCGUCAGCCUCGCGAGGCCGCCCUCCGUCAUUGCCUUCAGAUCGGUAUUGAAGCACUCAAAGCCGGGAAGCUUGCUUUGGACGUAGUUGAACUUGUGGUUCGUGAGCUAGAGAACAUUCCAUUCUUUAAUGCGGGUAGGGGAUCCGUCUUAACCAGCAACGGUACAGUUGAAAUGGAAGCUUGUAUCAUGGAUGGCAAAACAAUGAAAUGUGGAGCUGUUUCUGGGCUCAAAACUGUUGUUAAUGCGAUAUCUUUAGCACGGCUAGUCAUGGAGAAGACUCCUCAUAUAUAUCUUGCAUUUGAUGGUGCAGAAGCAUUUGCAAGGGAACAAGGUGUUGAUACUGUAGAUUCAAGCCACUUCAUUACUCCAGGAAAUAUUGAAAGGUUAAAGCAGGCCAAGGAAGCCAAUAGAGUGCAGAUUGAUUAUACACAACCUGUUAAGAAAGAUACGGAUAAUGAAACAUCAGUUGAAGAUGGCGAUAGCCAAAUAGGAACUGUAGGAUGUGUGGCUGUUGAUAAUCAGGGGAAUUUAUCUACUGCAACUUCGACUGGUGGAUUUGUUAAUAAGAUGGUUGGAAGAAUUGGGGAUACCCCCAUCAUAGGUGCAGGAACAUAUGCCAACAAUCUCUGUGCAGUUUCUGCCACGGGAAUAGGGGAAGCCAUAAUACGAGGUACUGUUGCAAGGGAUGUUGCAGCUCUUAUGGAGUUCAAAGGUCUCUCUCUCAAGGAUGCUGCUUCUUAUGUUGUCGAGGAACGUGUUCCAAGAGGCAACGUUGGCUUGGUUGCUGUGUCUGCCUCAGGAGAAGUCGUAAUGCUUUGCAAUACAACGGGCAUGUUUCGAGCCUGUGCCACUGAAGAUGGGUAUUCAGAAUUUGCUAUAUGGUCUGCAUUGCAGAACUGAGUGAUUUGGGUGAGCUUUAGUUGUAAUCUGAAUAUCAGAUAAUUCACAUAUUUGGCUGUUCCAAAUAUUCAAGUAUGAUAGAAUGACAUAUGUGUGACAUUGUGUUGUUGUACUAUCAAAAUUUUCUUGAUAAUGUUGAAUUAUUUUAUAGCCUUUACACCA